CUAAGUCUUCUUCUCUCGCUCUUACUACCUACCUUUCGAUCUCCUUUCUGGUUUUGCUUUGGAAAAGCAGACAGAAGGAGUUUUAGGAGAGAGAAAGGAGUUUUCGAGAGAGAAAAUGCGCGGCGAUGAUAUUGGGAACGACAAGGGUUUGCUGUGGAGGCUUCCUGUUAUGAAGUCGAAGCAGCUCGGGAAGCUUGGACCUGGCUUUGGUUAUGGCACUGGCUGUGGCUUUGGUUUUGGCUUGGGUCUCUUUGGAGGUGCAGGUUUGGGCAUAGGGUUUCCUGGCUUACAAUUUGGAUUUGGGCUGGGUGGUGGUUGUGGUGUUGGGUUAGGAUUCGGUUAUGGAGUUGGAAGAGGAGUUGCUUAUGAUGAAUAUAGCCGCUAUUCAAAUGUCGGAAAGCUUUUCAAUGGACAUGGAAAUCUCCCUUCUGAGGAGCAAAUUGGAGCUUUGGUAGAUGAACUGGCGUUGAAUACUAAGAAGCUUAUCGAUGCAACUGCAAAACAAAUUGAUAAAUGGAAAAGAUGAAACAUGUCUAGCUAGAGAGACAUGGGCCUUUUGCAUUCUCAUUAGUUAGAGAGGGAGAGAGGCCUUUUCUGUAAUGACCAUAUCACCCAUUUUGAUAAUAAAUGCCAAGUUGUUGAUGUUUGGAAA